AUGGCGGUGAUAACGCAGUUCUUCACGACGGGCACAAUCACCAUGGCCAACCUGCAGAGUGUGGAAGUGCACCCCACCUGCCUCCGACAGAUCGCUGCCUGCGUCGAGUGGGCCGCAGCUGGCAUCGUCAUGUCUGCCGUGCCAUACGUGGCCCUCAUGGGAAACUGCGAGAUUUCACAUAACAGCGGAAACGCUAAAGUCUUGCCAGCGUUUGAAGAAGUGCUCGAUUCCAUUGGCUCGAGAGGAAAAUUUCAGGGGAAGCUCAACAUCGUCUUCAAUAUCGUCGGUCAGUGUAUCAACUUAAUAAGUGUAUACGUUUUCUACCUCGCAAUGCAGACUCCUGAUCACUGGUGCCAUGUUCGCAGAGAAAAUACCAACCUGUCGCAGACGGAGUGGAAGAAUUUCACAAUCCCUAGGGAAGAAGAUUCCUUCAGCAAGUGCCUGAUGUACAACCAAAGUGAUGCCUUUGACUCGAGCAGUAAAAAACCCGUCCAGUGUCAGUACGGCUGGGAUUAUGACGACACGUGGUUCUCGCUGACGGUCCCUUCGCAGAUGAACUGGGUUUGUGGCCACAGCCACGUAACAAAUGACGUCUUGUUCUACGCACAGAAUAUCGGAGUGGCUCUGGGACUGCUCUUUGGGUACAUAGGCGACAUGUACGGCCGACGGCCCCAGCAGUUCCUGUGCGUGGCGGCCCACGUUAUCAGCAGGCCGUUGCUGGUCCUUACUCCACACGUACUUCCGCUGUCCAUCCUGGAGAGGUCCCUUAUAUCGGGUGCUGCGGGGCCUAUGAUUGAAUCAGCUUUGUCUCUUGGUCUGGAACUGACGGACAUCAGGCAUCGGACGACGGUGAACUAUUUCUCGAGCAGUAGCCUGGGGCUUGGCAUCAUGGCUUCCGCCUUCUUAGCCUGGCCCCUGCGCAACUGGAAUUACUUUGUGUCUUGUUCUGCAGCGUUCUGCUUAGCGCUGUUUUUAUUUUUCAGACGAAGUGUUCACAUGUUCUCUCUAAAUUUGCCUAUGUGGUUCCCGGAGUCUCCUCGGUGGCUGGCGUGCAGAGGUCGCGAGGAGGACGCCCUGAGGCUGCUGCGGCGCAUCGCCACCACCAACGGCGGACAGCUGCCUCCUUACGCUCGGGAGGUGAUGCGGACCGUGGGCAAGGCCCAGAGGGACAGGAAGGGCUUCCUGAGCCUCUUCAACAGCUGGAACGUCUUCACGAAUACGGUGCUGCUGAUUAUGGCAAGAUCCACGCACCUGCUUACGCUGCAGUCCAUAGUGAUGAUGUCUGGGGGCGUGGGCGUAAACCCGUUCCUGUCAGUUGCAGCACAGGGUGCCAUCCAGCUGCCGGCCUACUGCGUGGUCCACUUCGCUGCUGCACGCUUCGGCCGCCGCUGGUCCGCCGUGGGCAGCGCCCUCCUGUCUGGGAUCGCCUCAGCGACCGUCUACUGCAUGCUGACCGCUAACUUCAGCGGACUAGCCAUCACGGUGAUGAUGGUGAUAACUCAGUUCUUCAUUACGGGCACUAACGGUAUGGCCAACCUGCAGAGUGUGGAGGUGCACCCCAAGUGCCUGCGACAGAUUGCCGCCUGCGUUGAGUGGACCGCAGCUGGGGUCAUCAUGUCUGCUCUACCAUACGUGGCACUCAUGGUGACAUAUUGA